AUGGCCGACCAACAUGUUCCUCGGGCGAACAAGACUCUUCCCGGUCAUGGCAACACCCCUUCGCAUGAGGAUGCCGCAGCACGAAGCAAGGCUCUGAACCAGAAGCUAGAUGUAGCUCUGCUUCCUUUACUAUCUCUACUCUACUUGUUCAACGGUCUCGAUCGUGGAAAUGUUGGCAAUGCUGAAACUCAAGGCUUCACCACUGACAUCGGUGCCAAACCCGAUGAUCUCAACGAAGCAGUCUCGCUCUUCUUUGUGACGUUUGUCGUCCUACAACCUGUUUCUGCGGCAGUGGGCCGAUAUAUCGGAGCAAAGCAUUGGAUCCCGAUCCUCAUGUUUGGCUGGGGCACUGUUACAGUCGGACAGGCGUUCAUCAAAGGCCGUGGGGCACUCAUCGCCACGCGCUUGCUUAUCGGGGCUUUUGAGGCAGGAUUCUAUCCCACUGCAGUAGCCUACUUGUCGUUUUUCUAUCCUCGAUACGACUUUUGUGUCAGACUUGCUCUAUUUUACGGACAAUAUGCCAUUGCUGGUGCCUUUUCCGGAUCCAUUUCGUACGGCAUCUUCCACCUCAAGAAUGGACAUCUGAAGAAUUGGCAGUAUCUUUUCAUCAUCGAGGGUGCCCUCACCUGCUUCUUUGCCGCCGUCGCAUGGCUAUGGCUCCCCAACGGUCCCGGCUCAGCAUGGUUCCUCAGUCCUGAUGAGCGUGCCCUCGCCGUUGAGCGGAUGAAGCAGGACACUGCCGCUUAUGUGGAGCAUGAAUACGGUGAGGACGGCAUUGAGAAGAACCGCCUGAGCAAGAGGGACUUUAUCGAGACCCUGAAGGACUGGAAGCUGUGGACUGUACUGGUGCUCAACAUCUGCGCGAGUGUUCCUAGCAGUGCGUUCUCUGUCUUCUUGCCUCUUGUUGUUCAGGGACUGGGCUAUGAGUCUAUUCUCGCCAACUUGAUGACGGUUCCUCCCUUUGUCUGCGGUGCCCUCGGCCUCUACGCUUUCGCACUCAGCUCCGAUCACUUCAAGGAGCGCGGCUACCACAUCGUCAUCGGCAUCCUCAUUGCCGUUAUCGGUCUCAUCCCCGCCGUUACUGUUUCCUCCUCGGUCGGACAGUACAUCUCCCUCUGCGUCCUGCUCUCCGGUGUCUACAUCUCCGCUCCUCUCACCAUGGCAUGGCUCAGCGGCAACACCCCCGAACCCGGCAAGCGUGCCCUCGUCCUCGGCGUCAAUGGCUUUGGCAACUUGGGUGGUGUUGUCGGUGCACAGCUCUACAGGCAGCGGUACCGUCCCGACUACAGGAUCCCCUUCUACGUCACGUUGGGUUUUCUCGCCGUGGCAUUGGUCGGCUAUCUCUUGUACAGGUUCCUGCUGCAGGCGGUUAACAAGCGCAAGGCGGCUCUUUUGAGCUUAAUGACGGAGGAGGAGGUUGAGAGUGAGAGGCUCAACGACCGACGAUACGCUGACAAGAAGUUGACCUUUGUGUAUGGGCUGUAGAUGGUGGUGGUAUUGGUUCUGCAGCAGAUGUAUUUAGAUGAGGCUCCCGCGAGACCAUUGAAACGCUAGAAAUGACUGAUGAACACCGGCAUCAUGAAGAUUCCUUCUCGGUUUCCUUCAUGCUGGCCAAUUGACUCUGUAAUCCUUGCUUCCCCACAUUCAUAGCCAUCUCCAGUUCCCUCUCUUCCUCUCUGAGUCGGGCCUUGCUGACUGCAACCUCACGGUCGCGCUUCCUCCUCUGCUCCUCAACGGCCCGAUUUCUAUCCUCGAGAGCCUUUUGACGUUUCUCCUUUGCCUCCUGCUGCUUCUUCUUCUCCUCGUCGUCCUUGGCAGCGUCUGGGUCCUCGGGUGGCGGAGGCAGGUUGCUCACGUAAGCCUCGAUCAAAGGAUCGCGAACCUGGGGCUCAAGGGAUAUAUACCGAAGAUCAGUAAGGAUGGCAUCAGGUAAGCCGGUCGAUAACGACUUGUUGUUAAGGAGGUGGAUGGGCUGCGCCUUGAGCAGGGCAGUG